UCUCUCUCUGACUCACUUACUCAGCAACUGUACAUGCUACAGCAGGGCAGAGAAACGGACUGCAGCAUUUGAAUUUCAGACUGUGGAGAUACCUUAAAGAAGACAAACAUUUAAGGGUUCUCUUUGUUUUUCUGUCUUGUUUGGCCUUCCAUAGACCCUCCAUUGUUGAGGCAGUCAUGAUGGCUUUCUGUAUGGUGUCUAUCCUCUUCCUGUUCCCUCUAAUCGCUGCCAUUUCAGCAAAAGAACCGCCAGGCUGCAAGAUCCGGAUCACUAACAGGGGGCUCGAAAUGUUGAAGUACGAGACGCAGAAGUUUGUGGUUGAGGAACUGAGCAACAUCACCAUGCCAGAGAUGAAGGGCAAAGAGGGCCGCUUCCAGUACACCAUCAAAGAGGUGAAGAUAAAUGAGCUGAACCUGACCUAUGCUGACCUGGCCUUCCAGCCUGGCCUAGGACUGCUCUUCAAUGUGCAGAACUCYUCCAUCACUCUCAGCUUCCAGAGACACAUCUUAUACUGGUUAUUCUAUGACACCGGAGCCAUCAAUGCCUCUGCAGAAGGCGUGAACAUCCACACUGUCCUGCACAUGACCAGAGAUGAGUUGGGACGCCUCAAGAUCUCCAACAUCACCUGCGAUGCCUCCAUCGCCAAAAUGAAAAUGAAGUUCACUGGCACCUUGGGGAGGGUGUAUGACUUCCUGGCGACUUUUUUGACCACAGGAAUGCGCUUCCUUCUGAACCAGCAGAUCUGCCCUGUCAUGAACCAUGCUGGUUUGGUUCUAAUCAACUCUUUGUUGGAGACAAUUCCAGUGCGAACAGAAGUAGACAACUAUGUGGGGAUCGACUACUCCCUCCUCAGUGACCCUGUGGUGACUUCAAGGAGUCUUGACAUGGAUUUCAGGGGCAUGUUCUUUGAGCUCGUGAACGAGAGCAACACCUUGGUGAACUAUGCCAUCAACCCAAUUGUGAGAGAGUACGACCGCAUGGUGUACCUGGCUCUGUCCGAGUACUUCUUUGACAGUGGGUUGUACUCCUAUUAUAAAGCUGGCAUAUUCCAACGGAAUAUCGCCAACGAGCACAUGCCAAAGGAUCUGGAGAUGCUCCUUAGGACAACAUAUUUUGGCACCAUUAUGAUGAUUAACCCAGCCCUAAUGGAGUACCCUAUCUCCCUGCAACUGGAGUUGAACUCUGCCCCCAAGACAACCGUCAAGACCUCCGGGGUCACCGUGGCCAUCACUGCCAUCGUCACGGUGAUGGUGCUACCGCCCGGCAAGGCGCCUGUUCAGCUCAGCAGCAUGACCAUGGAGGCCAAAUUCAAUGCCAAGGUGUCCAUGAAGGGCAAGAGACUGGCUGUUCACGCAGACUUGAGGAGGUUUAAAAUCUACUCCAACCAGUCUGCUUUGGAAUCACUGGCGCUUAUUCCCCUACAAAUCCCCCUGAAGACUAUGCUGCAGAUCUCAAUAGUACCCAUCAUCAAUAACUGGACCAAGAGAGGCGUCGCUAUCCCUCUUGCAGAUGGUAUGGACUUCAUAGAGGAAGUGGUGGAGUAUCAUAACGGUUACCUCAUCAUUGGGGCAGACCUACAUUUCAGCAAGGGCCUAAGGGAGGUGAUCGAGAGGAAAAUCCAGGCUGAUGCCGAGAACACCAUCUAAAGAGAAUUCUCCACCAGCAAUAACCAAGGAUAGAUAUCUUAGAUAAACACCCAUCCAAUCCUGUGUUUCUAUGUCCUCAAGGGCACAUGUCUUAUCUACAACAUGUAGCAGACUCUACUGUAACAAUUUCACCAAACCAUGCGGAUUCAAAAUCUUUUAAGAAUCCAAGAUAAUAAGCUAGGCUGCAAUCUGUCCAAUUUAUAUGAGAGCGAAAUGGAUAAUACAAAUCAUGCUUAUGUAGAAAGAUCACCAUAAUAAUACCACUCCUUUAGUAUUUUUUUCCUAUGUAUUGCUAUUUUGAAAAGUGCUUUAAAGAUACUUUUAUUCUGUUGCCUAAUUUUUUAAUAGUGUAUAAGUGUAGUGUCAUCAAAAUUCUCGCCUCGGAAGGGCACAUACUGUAUGUGAGUGGACUACUCAAAACAAUACCUAACCUCGUGUCAUAAGAAUUGCCCAUGGUCAUGGCAAUGCCCAUGCUAAUGUCAGGAAUUAAUUGUGUGCUCUUCACCAUCCUUUUAAAAAUGACAAUGCUUAACUGUAUAAUAUAUGCUAAACUUAAAACUAAUUUAAAAUGUGUUUCUACAAACAAAAUUGCCUACUUUACUUUACCAUUAGUCAAAUGGAGAGCUAGCUGGUGAUAAAUAAAAUGUACUAUAUGAGAAAUUAAAUGUUUAAUGAAUGUUAACUGGGAAAGAAAAGAAAAAAAGUACUUUUGUAUAUAUGGCUUCAUACCUGCAAAGACUAUUCAAUGAUUGAAAGGCUUUCCUUACAUGUGUAACUAGGGCCUAACCGAACAACAUUCAGUAUGGCAAAGUGUUUAAUAAAUCAAUCAAAAAAUUAAUAAAAAGAAAAAGAGAAAAUUUUCUUG